UAGUUAUUAAAUACUUUGUUGUUGGACAAUAUUGUUAUUAUUAACACAGCCGAUAUUUAUUUAUCGUUACACCAGCGAUACCUCGCUCUAUUGUGAUUGUGUAUUCUCAUUGUUCAAGUUUGGCCAAGUAAUGGCAAUUUCAGAUAACAAUUAUGCUUCUGACGGAGAGAAAUUCAAUCCCGCGAAAGACGUAUAUGCCGGAUUAGUACGUGAAGUUGGAAGCAACGCUAUAUGGAGUUUGUCUUCAUGCAAAUCAGGUUUUGGUGUUGACUAUUUAAGAGAUAAUUGUAUGGAAACUUACUGGCAGUCUGAUGGUAAACUUCCACAUUUAAUUAAUAUUCAAUUUAGACGUAAGACAGUUGUGCGUGACUUAUGCAUAUACAUUGACUAUAGACUUGAUGAAAGUUAUACGCCUGACCGCAUAUCAGUACGAGCAGGCACACAUUUUAAUGAUUUACAAGAAGUUGAAGUAGUGAAACUCAAUGAACCAUGUGGCUGGGUAAGAAUAAUGACUAAAAAUAUCAACGAUUCACCGUUGAAAACUUAUAUGUUACAAAUUGCUGUUAUUACCAAUCAUAAAAAUGGAAAAGAUACACAUAUAAGACAAAUCAAAGUGCACUCUCCUAUUGAAAAAAAAGACCCUCUUAUGGGCGUUUUCAGUACUGUAGAAAUGAGACAAUUUACAAUUAUUAAAUGA